AGCACGAACUUAGGCGCCGGCUUGUGAUGACUGCAUUCAAUUAAGAUAGUUUAGAUAUUUAUUUAACUAAAAAAUAAUAAUUAUUAAAUAAAAAUAAUAAAUAACUCAAUUUUUAUUAUUUCAUACAGUCGAUUGAUAAAUAAUUCGUUUAUGAAGUGUUUUAACAUAUUUUGAAGUAUACUUUAAGGUGUAUUUCCUCUUUACGCGCACAGUUUUCACCUGUGAUUUAGUGUGGUCUGCCAUAGGUGGACAAAGCGAGUUACAUACCUUCAGGUGUGAGACGGUGAUAGUUUGUGCGGCUGAAAGUGAAUAUACCUGAUAUUGUUUGAACUUCUUAAACUCCAAACCAAAUGUUAUAUAAUGCGUAAGAAUUGUUGAAAAAAAUUCUUAUAUACGAAUUUUAGAUAACGAACUAAUAUAUCUAUCGUUUUGGAUGCGAGAAUUUUGUGAAUCGACUAUCGUUCGAGCACAUGUGUGGGCUACAUUUUAAAACACGAAAUAGUCCGUCUCAAAAGACGUCCCUGCGUUGGGGCGAUAGCUGCAGUUUUCACUAAUAGAAGUAAUUUGUGUACGGAGUUAAUUAAAAAUAUAUGUACGAUACAAAAAAUUGGUUUUAAAAUUCCUGCUAAAGCAUAUUAAAAAGUGUUAGAAACUUUUCGUCUAAAAAAUAUCCAAAAUUAGCUAAGUAAAGUAAGCAGUCAUCAAACAGAAAGCAAAGCCAAUUUAAAAGCGUUCCCCUUGGCCCUAAGUACGAGUAUUGUGUUAUUACAUUAGUAAUAUAAAUGUGAUAUUCAGCUUGGACAAGUUCAACACUUCAACUCACAUACAUUAUCUAACCUCAAACGUGAAAAAGUAAUAACAAACAUUUUUGAUUGAAAUAACAAUCUGAAGAUAAAGCACGUUACUAGGAAGCGCAAUCAACUGCAAUAAUGAUUAAUAUCGCUGGGGUUGUGAGCAUUGUGCUCUUUUAUUUACUAAUCUUAGUCGUGGGUAUAUGGGCGGGACGUAAAAAGGCAGCAGGCAAUGAUUCAGAAGAGGAGGUUAUGCUGGCUGGACGUUCCAUUGGUCUAUUUGUUGGCAUAUUCACAAUGACAGCAACUUGGGUUGGUGGUGGCUAUAUAAAUGGCACGGCAGAGGCUAUCUACACAUCCGGCUUGGUAUGGUGUCAGGCGCCAUUCGGUUACGCCUUAAGCUUGGUUUUCGGUGGCAUUUUCUUUGCAAAUCCUAUGCGCAAGCAAGGUUACAUAACCAUGUUGGACCCACUGCAGGACUCAUUCGGUGAACGUAUGGGCGGUUUGUUAUUUUUACCCGCACUCUGCGGUGAGGUAUUCUGGGCGGCUGGUAUCUUAGCAGCUUUGGGCGCUACAUUGUCUGUCAUUAUUGACAUGGAUCAUCGCACAUCGGUGAUACUUUCCUCGUGUAUUGCCAUUUUCUACACACUAUUUGGUGGUCUAUACUCAGUUGCCUACACAGAUGUUAUACAGUUAUUUUGUAUAUUUAUUGGUUUAUGGAUGUGCAUACCAUUCGCUUGGGCUAAUGAUCAUGUCAAGAGUUUAUCAUCAAUGGAAGUGGAUUGGAUUGGUCAUGUAGAGCCGGAGAAGCAAUGGUUUUAUAUAGAUUAUGGUUUGUUGUUAAUCUUUGGUGGCAUACCAUGGCAGGUAUAUUUUCAGCGUGUGCUAUCGAGUAAGACAGCGGGACGAGCACAAUUGUUGUCUUAUGUUGCGGCAGCUGGUUGCAUCCUAAUGGCGAUCCCACCGGUGCUUAUUGGCGCAAUUGCCAAAGCAACAGCUUGGAACGAAACUGCUUACGUCGGACCCUAUCCGUUAACCGUCGACCAGACCAGCAUGAUAUUACCCAUGGUAUUACAGUAUCUUACACCUGAUUUUGUGUCGUUCUUUGGUCUCGGUGCCGUUUCGGCCGCUGUUAUGUCUUCGGCUGAUUCGUCGGUGCUCUCGGCUGCCUCAAUGUUUGCACGCAAUGUUUACAAGUUGAUAUUCCGACAAAAAGCUUCCGAAAUGGAAAUUAUUUGGGUGAUGCGUGUAGCUAUAAUUAUUGUGGGCAUACUUUCAACAAUAAUGGCCCUUACAAUUCCCUCCAUUUACGGCUUGUGGUCAAUGUGCUCUGAUUUGGUUUAUGUUAUUUUAUUCCCCCAACUUUUGAUGGUCGUACAUUUUAAGAAGCACUGUAACACUUAUGGCAGCUUAGCUGCUUACAUCGUGGCGCUCUUCAUACGUUUAUCGGGUGGUGAGGCUUUGCUUGGCCUACCCGCGCUCAUACAUUUUCCCGGUUACGAUGAGGAGACACAAACUCAAUUAUUCCCCUUCCGCACUACCGCCAUGCUUAUGAGUCUGAUAACACUGAUAGGAGUUUCUUGGUGGACAAAGAUGAUGUUUGAAUCAGGCAAACUUCCACCAAAUUAUGACUAUUUCCGGUGUGUAGUUAAUAUUCCUGAAGAUGUACAAAGAGUGGGAGAGCCCUCAGAAGCUGGCGAGCAGCUUUCCGUUAUGGCUGGUCCAUUAGCACGUUCCUAUGGUGCAGCCACCAUGGCUGGCAAAGAUGAGCGUAACGGACGUAUUAAUCCGGCGCUCGAGUCUGACGAUGAUUUACCCGUGGCCGAGGCGAAACGCAUGAAUCAGCAGACAGCGCAGGCGCAAGUGCAGAAAAUGUUGAGUAAGGCGACGGGUAAAGGUGGCGGCGUUGAUUGCGGCACUGCUGGAGGUGGUGUCGUAGACAUUGGUUGCAAUUUAGGCGGACAAGGUAUGGCUGUGCUAGCUGCUGAGCAUGAUAAUACUGCCUUCUAAGUAAAACAAAUAUACAAACACAACUACAUUACAUGCAUACA